CUAUCUCAAAUGUUACAGAGGUUUCGAGACUGCACGUGUGCAGCUUUCAACACUGUGGAGUUGCCCCAGGAGAAAGCGGCUCGCCAACGAAGGGCUACUAAACAGUCUGAAAGUGGUAAUACCUCUCAGGAAUUUGGUGGACCGAGGGUUAAGAAGUUCAACCUGGGCACCUAUAAAUUCCAUGCCAUAGGCAGUUAUCCGAGGACCAUAAAGUUCUUCGGGACUACUGAUUCAUUCACCACUCAAAUGGUG